ACUUCUAGAGUAAGCACCAGUUGGAGUUCUCUGUUCAAGAGGCAUGCCUUUAGAUUUUAAGGACAGGCCCUGAACUCUCUUUCCAUUAGAGGGUGCCUGGGGAGAUCUUCUAAGGCUACCGCCAGUGGAUUACCAGACUGCAGCUUUGGGAGGGAUGUAUCUUGCCAGCCCAGUCAGGGCCAAGAGCCAGAGUCUUUGCUCAGACACCUACCUGUCCAAACUUCUAGAGGGCCUCAGGAAUCUGCGCACGAAGAACAUCUUGUGCGAUGUCACACUGGAGGCAGAGGGAGUCUCUUUCUCUGCGCACAAAGUCAUUCUGGCUGCAGCCAGCAACUACUGCAAGAUGCAUUUUUCCAGAGAUGCUGCAAGUCACAACAGCCACAUCAAGCUGCCGCGCGUCACUGCCCAGGGCCUGCAAAACAUCCUGUCCUUUGUCUACUCCAACAAGCUGGAGCUGACGCUCCAUAACGUCGAGGAGACCUUCCAGGCAGCGGAGGUGCUGCUGGUGCGCGAUGUGAUGUGCUUGUGCUUCCGGUUUCUGGAUGAGGGCUUGGAUCAGAACACCUGCCUAGCAGUCCUCGAGAUCGCAAAGAGGCUUGGCCCGAAAGAGUUGAGGCAGAAAGCCAUGAGCUGCGUGAGCCGGCACUGCAGCAACAUUUUGGCAGACCCGGCGCAGCUGCAGGAGCUGGAUGCAGCUACUCUGUGUGAGAUCUUAGACACUGCAGACACAGAGGACCUCAGUGAGCUGGAACUGUUCCAUGCAGCGGAAUGCUGGCUGCGCCACAACAACACACACCUGGAAGAUGCAGCGGAGGUUUUGCAGCACAUUCGGUUGCCCCUCAUACCUCUCCACGACCUGCAUACGUUCGUCCAGGACGUGCCCUUCAUGAAGACAGAACCCACCUGCCGCCAGUACCUCCAGGAGGCCUUGGAUUAUCACUCCCGGCUGCAUGCUCAGCCGACUCUGCAGAGUGAGCGAACCAAGGUCCGUGCCGGCGUUGACAUGCUGGUUGUCCUUGGUGGCAGAUCUGUGGACAACACCAUCUGUGGCAGCAUGUGGGCUGCUGAUCGGAACUGCCUUUUGUGGAAAAAGGUUGGGGAGCUUCACAGGCCCCUGUACAACCACUGUGUUGCUGUGAUCCAAGGCUUUGUCUUUGUGAUGGGGGGCCAGGACAGGUUUGACCCUACAGGACAAUGUCCUUCGAACCAGGUAAGCACAAAGCUUAAAACGAAGGGAAGCCUACAGCAGCUCAUUCACACACAACUUAAGUCUAGAAAAGGACAAAGGUAGAUAGCCCAAAUACGUAUCAUUGUUCCUUAUCUGUUCCUAUUAGCCCAGCAUUAACCCUAGCAAUACAAACCUGCCAAGUAUCAGAGAGGAAAAUGAGCAUGGCCUGUAAGACAGAGUUAUUCCGCCUGGCCUUUGGCUUGGAAUCAACUUGAUUCCCUCCCCCUAUUUCUUUUUUCCUUUCUCCUUCUGUGUUGCAACUCCUAUUUGGGGACUUCCCUGGCUUUUUUCUUUUCUUUUUUUUUAAAUGAUAUUUAUUAAAGUUUCAAAAAAAUACAAAAAAUACAGAAUACAGAAAGAAAAAGAAUAAAGUUUUUUUUUAAAAAAAAUAUAACCAAAGAAGUAAAAAAUAAAAGAAACCAUACCAAAUAAAACAAUUAAAAGGACAUUAAAUUUCCAUAACCUAUCUUCCUUAUACUUAUUUCCCCGGACCUCCUCAUACCUCCCUUUUUGUAUUCCACUUCAAUAUGUUGAUUCAGCAAAUCCUCACCAUUGAAAAUACCCACUUGCAAACCUUUUUUCAUAUCUCUUAAACCAUUACAGCUAAAAAAAACUCCUUAGUUUCUAUCCAACAUCCUUCUAAGAUUCCUUAAUUUUACAAUAUUUCUGUAAAUAGUCUUUAAAUUUCUUCCAAUCUUUCCCUGGCUUUUUUCUGGCCUAUGUGGGACCAGUCUGGAUAGUUAGCCUUGGUGAAGACUUGACGUUUUUAUCCCCCCAAAAGUUUUUGAUUGAGUUCCACUGAAAUGAGGCUGCAUUUUAACGUUUUAAUGUUGUAUUUUAAUGUUGUUUUUUAAGCUGUAUUCUAAUAAUUUUUUUAUAUUUGGUGUUAGCCACUCUGAGCCCGGUCUUGGCUGGGGAGGGUGGGGUAUAAAAAAAAUAUUUUUUUAUUAUAUUCUCACUGAAGGGGUCUCCUUGCCUGCUUCUGACUUGGCUACUGGCUGCUGCAGGAGAGUCCUUAAACGCCUCUCCCCCACCCAGAAUGCUGAAUGUUUCCUAGCCUGCUAGCUGGAGAACAAGUCCAGCAGUGCCCUGUAAUCCCUUUCCCAGGGGCGUACGAAGUGGGGGGCGGAGGGGGAGGUCGCCCCGGGUACCACUGGGGGGGGGGUUGACAAGAUGGCCCCUGCCUCCCCCCAGCUGUAGAGCGGCAGAGGGUGCACACAGUCCAUAAGGGUGCUGCUUCGCUGCCUCUUGCACAGUGAUCGUAUGGGCUGCCGCACAUGCGCACUCUAUAUGGGAUGCCACACAUGUGCACUCCAUACGAGCUGCCGCACAUGUGCACUCCAUACAGGAUGCCGUGCAUGCGCACUCCGUACGGGCUGCCCCGCCCCGGGUGCCAGAGGGGGUUCCUCUGCCACUGCCCUUUCCUCCUUCCGGCUCCAGGUGUUCAGGUUUGACCCACGACACGGCAGAUGGCUCCAGGUGGCGAGCAUGCUGGGACGGCGGACUCGCUUCCACGCAGGGGUGCUGAACGACUGCCUCGUGGCUGUGGGCGGGGGAGCCCUGCUGGGGAUGCUCACCGACACGGCAGAGGAGUACCAGCCAGCUGAGAACAAGUGGCAGCUCAUCACGCCCUUCCCAAUGCCUGUGGCAGACCACGCAGGGGCCACCCAUAAGGGGAUCCUCUACGUCUCAGGUGAGAGACCACUGAUGGCUUGACCAUCAGAAGUCUUGGCUCAGGGUGGAGGGAGGGGGUGGGAGGCUGGAUGUUGGCCAUUCUAGAAUGCAGACCACUAUCAAGCAUAGCUGUCAAUGUUUCCCUUUUUUUAAGGGAAAGUCCCUUAUUCCGAAUAGGAUUCCUCACAAGAAAAGGGGAUAGUUGACAGCUAUGCUAUCAAGGGUUGCUGAUUUUAAGGGGACAUACAGAUAAAGCAUAAAAGGAUGGUUCCUGGUGAUGUGGCUGUGAUCUAUGCUCCUGUAAACUCCAGCUUAGACUGCUGUAAUAUGCUCUACUUACUAGGGGCUGCCCCUGAAGAGGAUCUGGAACCCACCAUUAGCUCAGCAUGCAGCUGCUGGGGUUGCAAAUUAGCUUCAUGUAUUCAUCCUUUGCACUUCUAAGUUUGCCCUUUAUCAAAUGGACCCAGGGCAGGGUGCAAAAGUAUCUCACUUGAAGUAUAAGGUAAAGGUAAAGGGACCCCUGACCAUUAGGUCCGGUCGUGGCCGACUCUGGGGUUGCGGCGCUCAUCUCGCUUUAUUGGCCAAGGGAGCAGGCGUACAGCUUCCGGGUCAUGUGGCCAGCAUGACUAAGCCGCUUCUGGUGAACCAGAGCAGUGCAUGGAAACGCCGUUUACCUUCCCGCUGGAGCGGUACCUAUUUAUCUACCUGCACUUUGACAUGCUUUCGAACUGCUAGGUUGGCAGAAGCAGGGACCGAACAAUGGGAGCUCACCCCAUUGCGGGGAUUUGAACCGCCAACCUUCUGAAUGGCAAGUCCUAGGCUCUGUGGUUUAACCCACAGCGCCACCCGCAUCCCACCACUUGAAGUAUACUGUACAUUAAUUAAGAGCAUAAAAUAAAGACCUCAAGAACAAUGGCAGAUGGAUGCACUGGCUUAAUUCAAAGUGCUGGUUCUGACCUUUAAAGCCCUUUCCAACAUUAGACCGACAUACUUGAAGUAUGUUAAGCUGUUCUGUAUGCAGGUUCCCCCACUCCUCAGGUGAGGUUGAGUUGUGUGGCCAGCUGGAAGAGAGAGAGGUCCUUUUCAGUGGUGGUGCCCCAAUGAUGGAAUGCCCACCCCAGAGAAGGCCAGCAGGCACAUACUUUGUUCGCCUUUCAGUGCCAGUCAAAAGCCAUAAUGUUUUCCCAGGCUUUUUAGACUUAAAAGCAAUCUAGCUUUAAAAAUCUUGUUCCCUCUUUACUCUUCACGUCCCUUAUUUUGUUUGGAUAUGUAUUAUUUGCGUUUUAAUUAUUUUUGUAUCUUCUGCUUCUUAAGGAAACUGCCCUAGGGAUUUAUUAAAAUUGAAGGGCGGUAUUAAAAAAAAAAAUCUGUACAGUGGUACCUCUGGAUGCGAACGGGAUCCAUUCUGGAGCCCCGUUUGCAUCUUGAAGCAAACGCAACCUGCGCUUGCGGCGAUUCGCCGCUUCCGCGGAUGACGCCAUUUUGAGCGUCUGCGCAUGCAUGAGCGGUGAAACCCGGAAGUAACACGCUCCGUUACUUCCGGGUCGCCAUGGGACGCAACCUGAAAACGCUCAACCUGAAGCACAUUUAACCCGAGGUAUGACUGUACUGAAUUUGCAGCAUCCCAGUGCAUGAACAAGAAAAAAAGAGGCAGGAGUAGGUAUAUGAGCAAGGGAAAGGAAGGGCCCCACAAUGGAGUGCCUGAGAAGAGGGUUGAAUAGACUCCCUUCCUAUCAUGCUCAACCGACUGCCGGGGGCACGAGGGGAGGGCCAAGAGUAGAGAAGAGGAGACAGCCAUGAUGGGGCAGCCAACCAGUGGAGAACAGCAUUCAAUAUAGUGAGAUGCUACAGACACAGAAGGGAGGCUCUCAGUGAUGUGAACACACUUUUACGACCCAGUCUCUUAAGACUUUGGAGAGGCCUUGGCUAAGUGGUAGGCAACACGCUCCGCAGGGACACUUCGACUCCGGAAGGACCUUGAGAGGAUCAGGACAGGAAAAGGCUACUGUGCAACCCAAAGGGAAAACCGCAGCCACCCAACCCAAUCUUCUAUCGCCUGUUUCCACCAGGGGGAUUCGCCGCUGGCAAACCUUUACGCGACACAUACAGCUAUCUCUCCCGCCUGCGUCGCUGGGUCAGGAACCAGCCAAUGACUUUUGCCCGGUGCGACCACGGAAUGGCAAUUGCCGGAGACAGAAUCUUCUGCGUAGGAGGAAGGGCCCUGGCAAACGUAUGUUGAGCUUCAUUUAUUUAAUGAGUUGUGGUGGUGCCAAACGCCAGCCCCAGGUGUCUGGUGUUGCCCUGAGCUACACAAUGUUCUCUCAUUUCUCACUUCCUGGUUUCUUGUGGCCAGGCUCCCUUCCCAGAAGGGGGAGCAUCCCCUUCUGUACAGUCUGACAAUGGGAGUAAUGGGAGCAGCCUUUCUCAACCUGUGGGUCCUCAGAUGUUGUUGAACUACAGCUCCCAUCAUCCCUAGCUAGCAAGGCCAGAGCUCAGGAAUGAUGGGAGUUGUAGUCCAACAACAUCUGGGGACCCACAGGUGGAGAACCACUGCUCUAGAGAGAAAGCAGAGUGUCCCUCUUAAGGCAGCAUCUGGCAGGUGCUGACCUGUCGAUAUUCACACGUGGGGAAGAGUUGCUGUUGCACUCAGGUCCUGCUUGUGGGUUCCCCACAGGAGUCUGGGUGCCCACUUUGAGAGCAGGAUGCUGGACCAGAAGGGACCCCCUUUGGCCUGACUCAGCCGCAGGGCUCUUCUUGUGAUCCAUGGCAGCCUUCCUCAACCUGGUGACCUCCAGAUCUUUCAGACUCCCACCUCCCAUCACCAAUGACCACCAGUUAUUUUGGCUGAGACUGAUGGGAGACAUGGUCCAAUAUAUGUGGGGGAGGGUACCUGGUUGGAAGAGAAUGCUUUCUACACCACAAUAUUCUAGGUUUCCUGACAGGGCAUUGAAGCAUUUCUUACUUUACCACACACACACACACACACACACACCCAGGCACAUAGAACUAGCAAGCCCUUUAAAAAAUAGAAACUCUUCAUGCCCCUUCCAAAUUUUCAUUUCUAUGUAGCUGGAUCAUGUGGCAAGCCUAAUAUAUUUUACUACCUGGGGCUGAAAGGCCAGGUGGCUCCCCCUUAUUUGCUAAUUAACAAGACUGCCAAGUUUAAUCAAACAGAUUAAUAUAUUUUUUAAAGGUGCUGCCAACUAACUGGCCAGCAGGUUUUUAAAAGAGAGGAAUAUCGGGGGGGGGGGGAGAUGGCCUGUCCAUUAUGUGACUGAUUCCCUAUUUGACCCAUACUCUUAAAGUUUGUUUAACCAAGUAGCAUCCCUGAGUUAGACAGAUUGGGUUCCAUGACUGAGAAACAGAUCCCUGUCAGUUUUAGAUGUUUUAUUUGCCCAAAGGGUUGGCGUUUUGCAGAUAAUAAACCUAACACGUGGACAGAAAAUGCAAUAAUUUGGGGAAAACACACCUACAUGGUCUGUCUCCCGAUGAAGUCAGAAAAGUCUUCAUUACAAUCUUGGUCUUUAAAAUUUGUUGGAAGCCACCCAGAGUGACUGGGGCAACCCAGUCAGAUGGGGGGCAUAUAAAUCAUCAUCAUCAUCAUCAUCAUCAUUCCUCUGCAUAUGCUCAGGUGUUCCCUUGAACUAAAACCAGAGCAGAUUGGUAGCAUUCCUACUAACUGAUUAACACAGGGGGUGGGGGUGGCAGCCGAACAACGCAUUGCGAAGGUCUCCUGUGCAAUUAGUGGGAACUGCACACCAGCACAGCUUCUACACAAACUGACAAGAGCUGCUCUCUGACCUCUUUAAAGCCAGGGGUGGCUCACAUGCAACAUUCCCAAUGUUUCUGGAAUACUGGCUAGGCGGGUCUGGUGGGAGUUGCAUUCUGAAACAUCUACGGGGCACCAGGAAGGGAAAGGCUGCCUUAAAACAACUUCUGUGCCAGGUCUGUCUGAGCAACUGGCAGGCCAUGCUGUCUGCUGGAGCCACAGCAUACGUCCCUCACCCUCCACUGAACAGGGACUGGAUCCACCCCUCUGAUAUUUGGUUCUUUACAGGCUCAGGAAUGGGUUCCUGUGAACGAGACAGAAUACUACUGCCCGGUUACUGAUCAGUGGACCCUGCUCAGUCUCUCGCCCUUCGACCUUUGUCAGUUUGGUCUCGCUGUGCAUGGGCAGCAAUUGUACAUCACAGGUGGUGGGUCAGUGAGACAGAAGCGGAAAGAGGACGGCGUCUACAUCUGCAACCCUGGUGGGAAAGUGUGGGAAAAGGCGGGGUCCUUGCCAAAGCCUUUGGUGGAUCAUGCCUCUUUCUUUGUUCAGCUGCCGCGUCACCUGGUCACAGGUGAGCAGCAGCAGAAUGGAGAGGGGCCUUCAGCUGCUGGCAAGAAGAAAUCCACCCACAACCUGUUCAUCACUCGCAAGACUUCAUCCCAGCCAGCUCUUAAGGCAGAGAAAGAGGCUUUGGGCAAAAUCCAGGAGGAAGAGCUCUGGUAGAAGCCCCACUGAAAUGAAUGGAAGUGGCACAUGAUUUUUUCCAAGCCUGUGGCCACAUCCAGAUGGCCUCCCAGUCCACGGCCUGGACGAUUGGGAAUGAGCCUCAGGUUCAUCUACUCCAUCCUCCACAUAUUAUGUUAGGAGAUUAGAAUCUCCCAGUAGCUUACCAGUCUGUCUAAAUGAUAGUUUGAGCAAACCAUAGUUUGCCUGUAAGACAGAAUCCAGAAACAUGCUUUUAUUCUGCUUUAUGUGCAAACCAGAAGCAGAAAUGUUCUAACCUUCCUUUGUGCACUGAAGAAAAGCUGGAGGGAGGUGGGAGGAGAGAGAAGGGAGCUCAUAAGCUCAAGGCUUGCCCCUGCUCCCCUCAAAAGCGUGGCUUAGGGGACUGUCCGAACGCAGCCUAGAUAACAUGCACAUUUUCAGGCCUGACACAACCUGAGAGAAAGCACAGUGCUCAUGUACACUUUGGAAGGAAGUCAGAUGUCUUACAGUCACUCACCACUAAGAGCUGCCAAGCCCCUGAUCCGGUCCUUAUUCUCCAGCAUCAGCUCACAGCCAAUCUGAGUUAAACACACAAACACACACAACAAAUUAGGUUUUCCAAGAGCCAAAGAGAAAUUGGAAGCAUGUUACAGGAUCUUAGCUGAGACUAACAAAGUGCAUUGGUCACUGCAAAAUAAAUAAAACAAUGAUGGAAAAAGCUGCUUACAAAGGCUAGAUAUGGCUAAGGUGAAAGUUCAAAAGACGGACAGAAUAACUUCUGGGUUUCCAGUUCAUUUUCAGCCUACCAGACCUAGAGGCAAAGGGGAGUUCCAGCAUUAACAUCCUGCAGUUUCACCCUAGCAGAUAGUCAUAAAAUGAUCCCAUUGCUAUAUAAACAGUAUACUUCUUAUAUUAUGUACCUAUACAGUGGUACCUCUGGUUGAGAACGGGAUCCGUUCCGGAGGCCCGUUUGCAACGUGAAAAGCCCGCAACCUGAAGUGCUGUAUCUGCGCAGAUGUGUGGUGCGAUUUGACGCUUGUGCGCAUGCGUGAAACAUGAUUUAGCACUACUGCGCAUGUGCAAAGCGUGAUUUAGUGCUACUGCGCAUGUGCGGGUAGCAAAACCCGGAAGUAACCCUUUCAAGUACUUCCGGGUCACCGCAGGACACAACCUGAAAAAACAUAACAUGAAGCAAACAUAACAUAAGGUAUGACUGUAUUAUAUUAGGACUCUCCUUCCUUGGAGGUUUCUAAACAGAGGUUGGAUGGCUAUCUGUCAUGGGUGUUUUAGUUGAGAUUCCUGCUUAGCAGGGGGUUGAACUAGAUGACCCUUGGGGUCCCUUCCUACUCUACAUUUCUAUGAUUCUAUGUUUAUCAUUUGUAACAGGGCAACAAACACCCUCCUCUUCUGUAAUGCCCUCUCAGUUUCCUCCCUGUUGAGCAGAGUGUGGACAGACCAGACCAGAAAUACUUCGGUGCGGCCUUUGUUUGAGGGGGCACCUGCAAACGCUUGCAACAUUAACCAGGGUCUCUUUGCAAGAAAGAACGAGGAACCAAAGUUUAUAACUACAUUAACCUGUGUCAGGUAUAAAUCAGCACCAGGCAGGGAGGUUAAGGGGUGAUAUGAUAGCCAUGUUCAAAUAUAUAAAAGGAUGUCACAUAGAGGAGGGAGAAAGGUUGUUUUCUGCUGCUCUAGAGAAGCGGACACGGAGCAAUGGAUCCAAACUACAAGAAAGAAGAUUCCACCUAAACAUUAGGAAGAACUUCCUGACAGUAAGAGCUGUUCGACAGUGGAAUUUGCUGCCAAGGAGUGUGGUGGAGUCUCCUUCUUUGGAGGUCUUUAAGCAGAGGCUUGACAACCAUAUGUCAGGAGUGCUCUGAUGGUGUUUCCUGCUUGGCAGGGGGUUGGACUCGAUGGCCCUUGUGGUCUCUUCCAACUCUAUGAUUCUAUGAUUCUAGGGAAGCUCCACAAAAGGUGGCUGGUGGUAGUGAGGUUUGAGAUUUUUAAAAAUAAGCAAACAUUCAAAUGUAGGUAUGUGUUAAUUUUGUAAGCCUGGCAUAUAGACAUGCUGUGAGAGCUUUAGCCCAGCCCAGUGGCAACCUGUGGAGGUGGAGGAGUCGAGUGCUCUCUGGUUCAUGACGUUGCCUGAUCUGUGCAGGCCUCACCUUGACAGGAUUUGCUGGAAAGUGGCCCAUAAAGUCCGUCUUGUAAGGGUAGUCCAUCAUGGCGAUCAUGGUGAAGGCAUUCCGGGCAAAUCCGAAGAGCUGGUAGAUAUCAUCCUUAGACGAAAGCUUAUUGCAUGUAGACAUCCCACGGCUGAUCCUCUCGUAAGCUGAAUGUGGAGAAGAGAGGUGUGUAGUGUGUUGCAUGAUUAAGCGCUUCUCACCACAUUCAUAGAGGCUAGUAUGCUUUAGGACAGCAGCCUAAGUAUAGUGUUUGGGCUACGCAGCUGCUUGGAUGAGUGAGGUUUUCUGCUUUCAUUCAAAAGAAAAAUGAAGUGCCUAGACCUCAUGGUUUUAAACUGCAGUGCUUAGUCAACUGACUGCUUACACCAGUGGGGGGGGGGGGGAGAGAACGAUUUGUAUUAGCUAUAGAAGUGCUGCCAAAUUAAAGUGGGCACAUUUCCUUCAAAAAUUGUUUAUUUUUUUUUUACUCAAUUUUUAUUUUUAUUUUACUCAAGACAGGCGGGGUACUGAUUUCCUAAAACCAUUUUAAAGCAAUUUGUUUAUUCUAUAACUGCUCCAGAGGUCUUGUAGCUUAAAGGUCCUCUCUACCAAGGGGCUGUUUCUUGUCUGACAGAUGAGCUCACUUUACCUCCAGCCAGGUACAGGUCUUUGAUUUCCCUAAAUGCUUCUCGUACAGCCUUGGCACAAUCCGGACUGUAGUUCUGAAAGUCCUGGGGGAAAAGUCCUGAUUUAAGUGAAUUGCAUCUUUGAGGGAGCCUGAGAAUUUCAUACCACUUCACAGGUUCAGGCACACAAUUUUACAAUGAAGAUUGGGAGGUUUGCCUAGUAAGAGGAAAUGAGCCCACUCAAAAGUUUCCACCUAAAGCUUACCGCUGUGACAUCCUUGAAGAACUGAUUGGAGUCUCCAAUCCCAGCCACAGACAACACAGGGGCACUGGCAGCGAGUGCGCCAGCCACUAUGUUGGGAUACUUCAUUCUCAUGUAGGCACUCAGCAUGCCUCCAUAACUGGAAGGAAAGAGAGAGAAAAAGAAGCAAGUUAUGUUUUUUGACACCAUGAGACAUUCAGGUGGACUGCUCGCUCACUGGAAAGGGCAGAAGUCUCUUCAAAUUGUUGGCCUGAAUUAGCGGGUGCAGAUUUGCCACCCUCAAAGAGUCAGAAUACAAGAGGCACAGGUAUGAGGGAAGAGGAAGUGGACAAAAUGGCUGAACUUUGGCUUCUUCCCUUCCCUAGUAGCUCGCCCCAAACUCAGAUCCAAUUGCUCAGAAGGAAAGGGUAUGAUUGGCCCCAGGUAAGAGGGGAAGAGGGACGCGGGUGGCGAUGUGGGUUAAACCACAGAGCUUAGGGCUUGCCGAUCAGAAGGUCGGCAGUUCGAAUCCCCGUGACGGGGUGAGCUCCCGUUGCUCGGUCCCUGCUCCUGCCAACCUAGCAGUUCGAAAGCACGCCAAAGUGCAAGUAGAUAAAUAGGUACCGCUCCGGUGGGAAGGUAAACAAUGUUUCCAUGCACUGCUCUGGUUCGCCAGAAGCGGCUUAGUCAUGCUGGCCACAUGACGCGGAAGCUGUACGCCAGCUCCCUCGGCCAAUAAAGCGAGAUGAGCGCCACAACCCCAGAGGCAGUCACAACGGGACCUAAUGGUCAGGGGUCCCUUUACCUUUAAGAGGGGAAGAAAAGUGUGCCCCCUGCUCAGUGUAGUUCUUGGGGCAAAGGAUCUUUUUACUUCAGACAAGGGGCAGCUAUUAUCCUAGGGGAGAGGCUAUAAUUUCCCUGCAGACUUUAGGGUGUUUCCAGUUGGAGUGCUGUAGAGAACAAGCACAUGACAAGAUCCACCAAGGCAUGGACUGUGUCCAGGGUGGCCCACUAAGCAUGCCAUGAAGCAUACCCCAGAGAGAAUACAAUUCAGGGCACUCAACUCCCAACCUAAACAGUCCCAGAGUAAAUACCGAUUCAAGCGACCCAGAGUUUGGGGGGAAAGCUAGCAUUGCCUUAACCAAACAUAGUGGGGUACAACCUUUUCAUACUUCAACUUCUCUUGGCCCAUGAACUCUCCUCACCUUCCUUGGCCAUAGUUAAGUCAACCCUUUGGAGAAAUCCUGGUUACUAUGAAGUUUAGAUGGUGGUGCCUAAACAUUUGAAAUAUCUGCCUCAUUCCCUGCUCAGAACAGGCCCCCUCCCAAAGGCAGCUGGCAAACAGCAAC